AGUAGGCGGUCAUACUGGUCAUUAAAAUAAAUAAAAUUAUACUAAAAAACAGUAGUUAGCAGAUUCAGCAGAAACGUAAUAAAAUUAUAAGAUGUUGAAUGGACAGAUUGCACACAGUUAUCUGGAGAACACGUGCACGCUGCUGAUCCCCCGCCCUCCUGUAGCGAGUCAGUCCUUAAAAUCGUCGCCUCAGCCAGCAGCAGCUGCUGCUGCUUCUUCUUCCGCUGGCGAGGAGCAUGGCCAAGGGGCUGAGUCGGGGCUGUCAGGAGCGGGAGGGACGGACGCGUUGCAUGUGGAUCGUAUAAGAAACUGCGAUAUAUUCCUCGACGCGCACGAUCUUUACUUUUAUGCAGACGUCAAGCUUUUCAAAUUCCACAGCCGCCGCACUUUCGAUCUGCGGGAACUGAAGACGCUGCUGAUAAAGUACAACACAGCGUUAAACCAAUACCAGAUCUGCCUGCGCUGUCUGCCCCUUACAGCGGGAUCCCAGGAAGGAUCAGGUGGCGAAAGAGGAGGAGGUGGUGGCUCGGGUGAUGCACCUAAACCGAAGAGUGGACGCAAGGAUUACAUUGCCACCUUUCUGCACCUGCCCACGCUGGCCGAUGCCACAAGGACCCAUUUGCCAAACAAAGAGCCCCUGGUGCAGGAAUGGAAACUCAAACGUAUCACCGAUCAGUGCCAAAUACAGCUCGACAGCCAAGAGCGUACGUACAAGCUGACCAACAACUUUGGUUACGGUUACGCCAGCCAAUACAGCGGUCCGCCGGACACGACUGAGCUGGACAAGGCCGUGUGCCGCAUUUCCGAUCCGCAUCGAAUAAGCCCUAUCCAAAGGCGACAGGAGCGCGUGGUCGACGAAAUGAAGCGCUUCUCACGUGAACAGUACAAAAUGAACUUUGUGGAGCUACAGGUUCCGUCCGGUCACCAGAAUCCUUUGCGCUAUAAGCCGAAAAUCUACGAGACUUCCAUGACCCAAGAGCAGGCACAUCUUUUACACAACAUCAGCCGGGAAAAGUCACUCGAGCAGCAGCCAAGCGACAUCCUGCGACAGAACGAGAUCGAUUGCGGUCUGAUCAGCAUUCUGCUGGCCAUAUGCUAUGAUGUGCGGACGACCAACAAUGAUCCGACAUGUGAAUCGGGUUGGACGCGAAGUAUUCUCUGCCCGUUGUACUGCUACUAUGAGCAGUUCGAUAACUACCGAGAUGUCCUGGUGGCCUUUAUGAGGCGGAUGAUCACCUACCCGCUGUACCGCAAUUUCGAGCUGGGCCGCCAAUGCGUUCGAGAUGCCAUCGAGGUGUUAAAGGGCGGUCGGAACUGGUUGAUCAACCAGUUGCUGCUGUCCCACCAGCAGUUCGCCAGUGGAGAGCCUAGUCGUGAUAGCUUCAACAACUACUAUUUGGAGGACUACAUCCGUUAUGUGACCAGUCCGAGCGCUUGUAGCGAUGAGCACAUGCGCCUUUUGGCCCGCAACCUCAAGAACGUGCUGAUGGACGUGACCAAGCAGCAUCUGGGCCUGGGUGUCACCGAGAUUGAGACUGAGCUGAUCAAGGAGCUAAUGCAGGAAAUGCGCAUUGAUACGGGCAGCGAAGGCUCGUCGCCACAGCAACAUGGCCAGGGCGAUGAUGAACUGGACCUGGAUAACGAUACGUCUGGACAAGAGGACGAGACAACGACUGAUGAUGACAGUGUCAUAACCGACUCCUUCGACAGCAUGGACAUGGACAUGCGAUUGAUCGAGAACGAAAUUGUAUAUGAAGAUGAUGAGGAGGACGAAGAAGAUGAAGACGAGGAUGAGGAUGGGGCAGACGAGGAUGAGGACGACAGCAGCUCAUCCACCACCACCAGUAGCGAAGCCGAAGGAAACAGCGUCAUCGAGCAGUGCAGCAACAGCGAGACCGCUGCUAGCAUCAGCACCAGCACCAAGUAAUAAGUCACUUAUCCCGAGUCCGGCAAGUCCUGCUCCUGCCUUGCCCAAAACAAACAAGCAACACAACCAACUUAAUGUCAAAGAACGGAGGCUAAACAGUGAUUACUUUUAAAAAUAAUACAACAAGUAAAGUAUACAAAACAAACAAAAAACAAAACCAAGCAAAAGAUGUAAAUUUACACAAGGAAACCCAAAAAACAAUCUACUUAAAUCUUAAUUGUACAAUAAUUUAAUGAGACGCAAACUCAAAGAUUUGUUCACGCCAAAUGCGAAAAGAUAUUUAAAUAUUUUUUCCCCUUUGCUCUACAAUAACUUCGAUUAUAAUUACACAUACAAGUAAAUCAGAAAUUUAGCAUUUAGUGUGGCAUUAGAGUACGAAAAAUUUGAAUUUUGAAUUCUGAAAAGCGAAAUCUAGUUGUGCAUUUGUAUAUACAUCUAUAAAUUAUAUAGAUAUCGAUAUUGUUGGUGCUGCAAGCAAACAAAACAAACAAAUUAAAUAAAAUAAAAUGGAAAUGGAAAGCAA